AUGUCAGAUGAUGAUGAUGUUGAAAUUAUUCAUUCAGGUCAAUCUUUUGAAAGUUCACCUAAAUAAGUGUUUAACUAUUAAAUAAUUCCUAACCUCUAAUCUGAUAAUUAGGUAAUUCGUUUUCUAAAAUUUAGAAACUGUUAUAAAGUAAUAAGUCUUUAGAGAUAGAGAUCAAAUAAUAUAAACAAUUAUUAGAAUAAACAUUAGAAACUUUACGAUAAUCUGAAAGAGAUCAAAAUACAUUAAGUAUUACUAUUUGUGCAUCUAUAUUUUAGAACUUUAACUUUCUUAAAAGGAUUUUCAACUUUAAGUAAUAUAAGCUAAUGUAGAAGAUCGUUAAAAAAGCUAAAGAAUUGAUUCACAUAAAAAAAUAAAAGACAGCAAUUCUAGUAAAAUAUGUAAAAUAUUAUAAGACCGAGAUUCAUUUGGUAAUAAAUAAACAAAUGUGUCUUCUGUUGGUGGUUUUUUAUCAUCCACUUAAAGUCCUCGUUGUUAAUGUGAUAGUGUAGUUUUGCUUCAUUAUUUUAUAGUUUCAUAAUCGUGGAUUGACACUUAUUGAAACUUUGAAAAAGAUUCAAUUAUCUUUUAAAUAAAAUGAAUAAGCUAUAUAUUAACAAGACCUAAUGAAAAUAUUAUAAGAAUUUGAGGAAAAUUUUAAAUAAUUUUUAACUCUUCAUGAUUAAUAUGCAAUUGAAGUAUUUUAUUACUUUAAUUUCUAAAUUUAGAUUCAUAGAAAUAAAUUGAAUUAAACAGAAAAACAAAAUUAAAUUAAGUAACCAUCCACACAUUCCAUAAGUGAUCAUUUUCAUUCUUUGGAAGAUUAAAAUACCAAUUAAAAUCCAAAUGAGUAAAUAUUCAACAAUGAUGAUCUUGACACUAGCCAAUUCGAAAGUGAAUAACAUAUCAAAUUAUAAUUUGAGUGUUUCGAAAUAUCAUUGGCUAAAGUGAAUGAAGAAGAAAAACAAUAAUGGAAAUAAAAAUUACUAUAAUUAAUUAACACACUUUGA